AAUACCGAAGGCGCAGCACUCCAGAACUCCAAAAAUGGCGGAAAAAUUCAAACAUGAAGUUGUUACACUAAAAAAUAUCAACGAGCUCCAAAAACUGAAGGAUUGCCAUUUCGAAUCAAUCCGUGAGAUCAACGAACAGUGUGCGAAGGACCCAGAACUGCAUAUAAAAGGUGUGAUAAAAACUGCAUAUGCCACAUUUGAAACCAGGAAAACCUUCACGAGAAAGCUUGUUAUAAAGAACGAAGUAUGUCAAGAUAUCCUUGAUACUAUAAACCUAUUUCUCAAAGGAGAUGUUGCAAAGAAGUGCAAUUUCCUCCAGCCAAAUGACACUAUAGUGAUAAAGGGGUUUACCCUGGAGAAAACCAAUUCUUCGGGUCAUCCCUUUCGGAUCUUGCUAGAUUCCAACAAAAAUGAUGUAACAAUCUUGGCUAUCCCACAUAAACAAAAAGUGCCAAGUACUACCAUGGAAAAUGCGACAGUAAACACAAAGCCAAGUGAGACAUCAGUUAAAGGUGCAUGUGGCCGAAACUCCAAGCAAAGUAGCAUGAGAGGUGGAGGUUUCUUUGUUUCAAGUUUUGAUGCACUAAGUACUAAUUCCCAAAAUAGCAACUUGAAUGCACAGUCAGGCAAGGAAUCCUACACAAAGCUUGCUGAGCUAAAGCAUGGUGCUAUCAAGAACUUCUAUGGGCUUGUGAAGUUCUGUAAAGUGUCCAAGACAAGAAGAGGGGAGUAUGUCGCUGCCAUAAGUUUGGUUGACGAGUCACUAUCAUCACUAGAGGAAAGCUUUAAGUGCAAUAUUUUCACCAAGAGUGUUGAACACCUUCCAUUGGUGCAUUCUGUUGGGGACAUUCUACGUUUAGAUGGUGUGAGUCUGGUUAGAUUCAAUGGAGUGACACAAGGGACAGUAUCAAGCUUUAAGUCAGAUUCAUUUUCAUGGUUGUCAUUUAAUGGUUCUUAUGACGCCCCAGUUCUUCCCAUGGCAUCAUCCUCAGCAAAGUACCAUAUGGAUGAUGAUGACAUCACAAGAGUCAGGGAACUCAAAGAUCUUGCUAAAACUGCACCCAGAAUUAACCCAAGCAGAACUCUCCAAACCAUCAGUGGCUUAGAUCCUUCAACACAGUUUGUCAAUCUGGCUUGUCAGGUUCUUGCCCUAUGGAAAGAUCCUGCCUUAAACUUCCUUGUGCUGCAAGUCUGGGAUGGGACGACACCACGGUAUGGUUGCGAUGUUGAGGUUGAUGAUCAUAGUAGGUGGGUUAUGGACAGAAAGAUCUCGGAGCAGGCUGGUGGAAUGGCUAUUCCAGUGUGCCUCUAUGAUGAGCAUUCCACUGGACCAGCAGCAGAUCUUAACCCUGGUGACUUUGUUAUGUUGGCCAAUGUGAGGCUGAAGGAAGUGGACAAUGAGGAAAACGGGAAACCAAGAGUUGAGUGCAUGAUGCAUAGUGAUUGCAUCAACGGCAGGGGAGUGUACAUGCUCAAAGACACAGGAUGGACUGACUGGUAUCUCCAGAAACUAAAGGACAGUAUCCAAAACUAUCUGGACAACCACCCUCCACAGUCCCUCAGAGAAGAGAUAGCAGAAGCUGUCAGUGAUCUGCGAACCCAGCAGACUUCAUGCACAGUGACCGAUCACCCAAGGGUCCCAUUUACCACAUUAUGGGAUAUCCACAACCAAGAAAAAGUGCCAAACAAGUACAAAUGCAGAGUGAAGGCAAUUUCCUUUAUUCCUCCUCAGACCAAAGAGUUUGUGCAGCUGCACUGCAGCACAUGUAAGAAACUAGCAUCAAGAAUUGGUGGGCCCUCUGGGUCCAAUAUUGAUGAUGACUGCGAUGGCUUAGGAACACAGCAUGAUCGCGAUGUAACUCCACAUUCUUGCCCAGUUUGUGGCAACCCUUUCACAAGAACCUACCUUUUCUCGUUACUGUUAGCAGACAGGACAGAUAUGCUCAUCGCGAUGGUAUUUGAUGAUGAUGUGAAGCACUUUUUCCCCAACCUCCCCUCCCCUGAAGACUUCUUGGCAAGUGAGGAGCACCAGGAUGGAUUACAUCAUAGCCUCGUUUCCAUGACACAAAACCCGGAGUGUAGCAUUGACUUUGAUAGCCAGUCGCUUGAGUCCAGGCCCUGGAUGGAGUGCUGCGUCAUGUCCUACCACAGUACCCCCGAAGAUACUAGUAAGAUAAGACGCUCUGUCAAGUAUAGGAUCUUUGGUACUACUUUAGUUUAAGGGUCGUAUAUUAUAGAAAGAAACCCGAUAUCUUUUUUUUCAG